AUGCGGUCCCGAAUUCUUGCCCAGAGCGUCCUUGCAAUCGCGUGCUGCACAUUAGUACUGGCGGUCGACACUGUGGUGGAUGUAGGUUACUCUAAAUACAGGGGGCGAGUCGUUGGCGACGGAACGACUCAAUGGCUCGGAAUUCGAUACGCAGCUCCACCGCUUGGUCAACUGCGUUUCGCCGCGCCCAAAAAUCCUUUAAAUACAACGGGCAUUCAGGAUGCAUCAAAGUUCGGAUCCAUCUGCCUGCCACAAAACCCCACAGACUGGUCUGCAAAGCCCAACCCUCGCUUUCAAAUUGCCGAGGAUUGUCUUUUCUUAAACGUAUUUGCCCCGUCAAAUGCAACGGCUUCGUCAAAACUGCCGGUUAUGUUUUUCAUCCAGGGGGGUGGGUUUGGGAGUAAUUCGAAUGCGAAUUAUAAUGGUAGUGACCUUGCAAGAGAAGGAAACAUGGUUAUCGUUUCGAUAAAUUACCGUGUUGGUCCGUGUGGAUUCUUACAGUCGGAAGAGGUGGUGAAGGAAGGGAGUUUGAAUAAUGGGAUGAAGGACCAGAUUAAGGCGCUGGAGUGGGUUAGGGAUAACGUCGAGAAAUUUGGCGGAAAUCCCGAGCAUGUCGUUCUGAACGGCGAUUCGGCAGGGGCAUCAUCCAUUGUCAUACUACUGGUCUCUCCAGCCCUUCGCAACGCCAACCUCUUCGUAGGCGCAAUUUCUGAAUCGGCUUCCGAGCCAACUCUCCGCACUCUUGCCCAAGGCCAAGACCAGUACAACUGUCUCUUGAAAGCCUCCGGAUGCUCAAAUUCCACGGCUUCUCUAUCCUGUCUCCGCUCUCUCAAUGCCACAAAACUGCAAACAACAAACUGCUGGUUCAACCCACACAUCGACGGCUCUAUAAUCCCAGAUACAACCUUCUCCCAGUUCGAGAAAGGAGACUACGCAAAAGUCCCUACGAUCUUUGGAUCUUGCACAGAUGAGGGAACAAAGAAUGCCCCUCAAACCACGGACACGCUCUCCGACGCCCAUGCAUUCUUCUUGAAUCAGUGUCCCUCGCUCUCAAACUCCUCUCUGACAGUCCUUGAUGAGAUGUACAUCCUCAACCACACAGCGCCGGUAUUCCCCAGCUCAGGAAAGUUGUGGAUACAAGCAAGCAACGCGAUCGGAGACUUUCGCUCCCACUGUGUCGAUAACUUUUACCAGUCUGUUCUCGCUCGCGAUGGGAUGCCAACGUGGAACUACCGUUACGGUGUCAUAGACCCGGAUCAAGAAGCCAAAGGGUUUGGGGCUUAUCACACAGUCGAGCUGUACGCUGUAUGGGGGCCGAAUAACACCGAUGGGAAUCCACCAAAGAGUUAUUUGACAAGUAAUGCAGGGAUUGUUCCGGUGGUGAGGAGCUACUGGACGAGCUUUAUUAGACACUUGGAUCCGAAUGUUGGAAGAAUGAGAGGGACGCCGGUCUGGGAGCAGUGGGAUGAAGAAAGGAGAAGGAUGCAUUUUGUGACGAAUGAAACGGGGAUGGAGAGGAUGGGGGGUGAUCAAUUGAGGAGGUGUGAAGUUCUGGAGCCAAUGAUGAGAGCACUGGAACAGGACCCACCAAAAGGGGUGAAGACUCAGUUGGAUGGAAGUGCAAUUCUGUAG